AUUUUCUUUUCUCGUAUCUAAUGACACAAUAUAUAUAAAAAUGAAUAGUGAAAGUGCGCUUAUAAUAUACGUCUAGCAUAUAUUUAAAAAAAAUUAGCAAGAUUGUAGCAAAUACUUCUACGCAUAUGCCGUACUGGAUACUGGAUGCAUACCAGAAAAAAAGUGUUUGAAUUUUAGAAAUGCCACGAGAUGUGAGUGUGUAUGAUAACACGUGCGAUUUACGUAUAAAAGUAUAAUACACGCGUACGAAUUAUGUUAAGGGCAUUAGCUCGGCGAACAACAAAUCUCCUUCGUCACGAAAUCACAGGAAGAUAUAAAUUGGUAAGGAGAACUGUGCAAAAGUCUUGGACGAAGGUUAGAAAUACCGACCCGCUGUCAAGAAUCGAUCCUGUCAUCAUGAAGUUAGACUGUCCGGAAUUUCAUUCCGUUUUCACACCGGAAUUGCAGACCCUCGCGGAUUUAUUCAAGAGAUAUAAUUACGAAUUACGAAUCGCCGGCGGCGCCGUUCGUGAUAUUCUCAUGGGUAAACAGCCCAAGGAUCUCGAUUUCGCAACCGAUGCUACACCGCCGCAGAUGAAGGAUAUGUUCACUAAAGAGGAGAUCAGAAUGAUAAAUGAGAAAGGGGAGAAGCAUGGAACGAUAACGGCGAGAAUAAAUGAUAAGGAGAACUUUGAAAUUACUACUUUGCGUAUCGACGUUCUGACUGAUGGACGGCACGCGCAGGUGGAAUAUACAAAGGAUUGGAAGCUGGACGCAAAUAGACGAGAUCUGACUAUUAAUUCCAUGUUUCUUGGCCUCGAUGGCACAUUGUACGAUUAUUUUUACGGUUACGAGGAUCUGAAGAAAAAACGAGUGGUUUUUGUAGGCGACGCUAGUCUUAGGAUACGUGAAGAUUAUCUACGAAUUCUCAGGUAUUUCCGUUUCUAUGGAAGAAUAAUGGAUAGUCCUGAUAAACACGAUGAGGCUACGAUAAAGGCAAUGAAAGAAAAUAUCGAUGGUCUGUCACAAAUAUCUGGCGAGAGAAUCUGGAGCGAGUGGAGUAAGAUUCUGAUGGGCAAUUUCGCCUUAGAAUUGACUCUGAAACUACUCGAAUGUGGCAGCAGCAAAUAUAUCGGUCUACCCGAGGAACCUGCCAUAGAAAAUUUUCAAAGCGUUUAUCAAUGCGCCUCAUCCAAUAAUGUAACUUUGAAGCCCAUAUCCUUAAUAGUGUCGAUGUUGAAAAACGAAGAUGAGGUAAUGACGCUGCACAGUAGAUUGAAACUGUCCAGAUCUGAAAGAGACUUGGCGUUAUUCCUGGUGCAGCAUAGGGAGUACAAGCCUUCUGAGAAACCGUUAAAACUCUAUCAGAAACUGAUCUUCACUCAACAAACACACAAAUAUGAUGUCUAUCGAGAAUACGUGAAGGAGGUGUUGAGAUAUCGUGGCGCGAUGAAAAUUCUGGAUGAACUAGAACAAUGGAAAAUUCCGAAAUUUCCUAUCAAUGGUUAUAUGAUGAAAGAACGCGUGCCGAACCAUAAAUUAUUUAGUCAAGUUUUAAUAAAAUUGAGACACAUAUGGAUUGACGAGGACUUUAAGCUCACCGACGAACAACUUCUCGAACAUGUACCAAGCAUACUCAGUGAAUUAGAAGAAAAAAUUAAAGAUCAAAAGCAUUACAAAAAGACAUGAAAUACACGUUUUCCAAAUGUUGAAAGAAUUUUAUGUGUAUCUGCAACGAAUACUGUCGUCGUUCUAUAAAUGGAAACAUAUACAUUAAUUUAUUACUUUGCAACUCAGUUUUCAAAUAGAUUUGAAAUGUAUAAUUAAUAAUAUUUUUUGAUUGCUUCAAAAUAUUUUAUGAAAAAAAGAAAACAUUUUUUACACACAAGAUUUUUUUUUUUUUUUCAUAAUUAU